GGGAGGGGGCGGAAGCUGCUUAUGGAGCUACAAGCCGGGCGAUUCGUAGGUUCCUUCUGCGGAGAGAACAUUCUAGAAGACCAGAAUGUUUACCAACUGGAGGACUUUUGCAGUGACUCAUCAGAAAACGUUCAGUGUGCACAUUAAUGCCAUGUGUUACUGUAAAAUAAAAGCAAAUUUAAAAAGAUCAAAGACUCAGGUGCCUCUUACAAGAGACUACAGUUCCCCCCCAGGCAUUGUAGGAAAUGAUGUCAAAUCUCUUCAUUCCAUCAUUAACCCUCCUGUGGCCAAAAUUCGUAAUAUUGGAAUUAUGGCUCAUAUUGAUGCAGGCAAAACUACCACCACAGAAAGAAUUUUGUACUAUUCUGGAUACACAAGAUCAUUGGGAGAUGUUGAUGAUGGCGACACAGUGACGGAUUUCAUGGCUCAAGAGAGAGAAAGGGGCAUUACCAUCCAGUCAGCAGCUGUGACUCUUGACUGGAAAGGGUAUAGAGUCAAUCUGAUAGAUACGCCGGGUCACGUGGACUUCACUCUGGAGGUUGAGCGCUGCUUGAGGGUGUUGGAUGGUGCGGUGGCCGUAUUUGAUGCCUCUGCUGGCGUAGAGGCCCAGACUCUCACUGUGUGGAGGCAAGCUGACAAACACAAAAUACCCCGAAUCUGCUUUCUUAACAAGAUGGAUAAGGCUGGAGCAAGUUUUAACUAUGCAGUUGAAAGCAUCAGGGAGAAGUUAAAGACAAAGCCCCUGAUUUUACAGCUGCCAAUUGGUGAAGCCAGAACUUUCCACGGAGUGGUGGACGUAGUAAACAAAGAAAAGCUUGUUUGGAAUUCUAACUCUGAUGAUGGAAAAGACUUCGAGAGAAAGCCGCUCUCUGAAGGGAGUGAUCCGGACCUGCUAAAGGACACGAUCGAAGCAAGGAACGCCUUAAUUGAACAAGUUGCAGAUUUAGAUGAUGAAUUUGCUGACUUGGUUUUAAAUGAAUUUAGUGAAAAUUUUGAUUUGGUACCAGCUGAAAAGCUACAGGCUGCAAUACACAGAGUAACACUGGCUCAGACUGCUGUGCCCGUGCUGUGUGGGAGCGCCUUGAGAAACAAGGGCGUGCAGCCCCUGCUGGAUGCUGUGACCACUUACCUGCCAUCACCUGAGGAGCGUGAGGACAGGUUUCUGCAAUGGUAUAAGGGCGAUUUAUGUGCACUGGCAUUUAAAGUGCUACAUGACAAACAGCGAGGAGCCCUGGUUUUCCUGCGCAUUUACUCGGGCACACUGACACCCCAGUCGGCUGUCCAUAACAUUAACAGAAACUGCACGGAGAGAAUGAGCCGCCUACUUUUGCCAUUUGCUGACCAACAUGUAGAAAUCCCUUCCCUGACUGCUGGAAACAUUGCUUUGACAGUUGGGCUUAAACAAACUGCUACUGGAGACACCAUAGUCUCGUCCAAGUCCAGCGCACUAGCUGCAGCUCGCAGAGCCGGACAGGGAGAACGGAAGCACGGAAAGAACAGUGAAGCAGAGAGUCUGCUGUUGGCUGGGGUGGAGAUCCCAGAGCCUGUCUUCUUCUGCACCAUAGAACCCCCAUCAGUGGCUAAGCAGCCAGAUUUGGAUCAUGCCUUGGAACGCCUUCAGCGUGAAGAUCCCAGUUUGAAAGUGAAACUCGAUCCUGACUCUGGACAAACUGUCCUGUGUGGUAUGGGGGAGUUACAUAUUGAGAUUAUUCAUGACCGUAUCAGGAGGGAGUAUGGCCUAGAGACCUAUCUAGGGCCUCUGCAGGUGGCAUACCGGGAAACCAUCUUAAACUCAGUUCGUGCCACAGAUACCCUCGAUAGGGUGCUAGGAGACAAGCGGCAUUUCGUGAGAGCGGAGCUGGAAGUCCGGCCAGCGGAAGAGCCGAGUGCCAUGGCCACGAUCGAGUACGCAGACUGUGUGGGUGAAGACCUGCUGCAGGCCUCUCGGGAGGCCAUUGAAAGUGCUGUCCACAGCGCAUGCCUCCAGGGACCUUUGCUUGGAUCCCCAGUCCAGGACGUGGCGAUGACGUUACACUCGCUUAUGAUUCACCCUGGCACCUCCACAACUAUGGUGACUGCCUGCAUCUCACGAUGUAUACAGAAGGCCCUGAAGAAAGCUGACAAGCAGGUGCUGGAACCUCUGAUGAGUCUUGAGGUCACAGUGAGUAGAGAAUACCUCAGCCCUGUCCUGGCAGAUUUGGCACAAAGAAGAGGGAACAUCCAGGAAAUUCAGAGUCGUCAAGACAACAAAGUUGUUCUAGGAUUUGUUCCUUUAGCAGAAAUUAUGGGAUAUUCGACUGUGCUUCGAACCCUGACAUCAGGCUCAGCUACUUUUGCCUUAGAACUGUCUACUUAUCAAGCCAUGAGUCCUCAAGACCAAAGUACUCUACUCACCCAGAGAAGUGGUUUGGCCCAUGUGCUGUAGGUCCUUGGAAACGGGGAUUGCUGGCUUUAUUCUCAGUAAGAGUGCUGUCCUAUUAACUGGCUGGUGAACUCCUGCUUCCAGUGUGGAAAGAACUUGACGAAACAUGGCAGAAUGGCCUGGGAGCUGCCUUUCUAAUACUGUUGAAUGUACUUUGCUAUAAUGCACCACAGCUGGGGCCAGGUUGUCUCUUACUUCUCUGGUGCUGUGACAAAAUAAUCUGGUCAGGACAGCUUAGAGAAGGGUUUCUUUUCUCAGCAGAGUGUAGACGAGAUGUAGGGCCAGGCGAUGAAGGCUCAAAGUCCACCUAGUGAUGAACUUCCUCAGGCAAGACUACACUGCCUAAAUCUCCGUAAAAAGCACCACCCCCUGGGAGCACGAGUCCCAAAGCCUGGGCCUAUGAAGAACAUAUCUCGUUUAAACCUAACCUUUCCUUCCUUCCUUCCUUCCUUCCUUCCUUCCUUCCUUCCUUCCUUCCUUCCUUCCUUCCUUUGAAUGUUUUGCCUACAUGUAUGCCUGGUGGCUGUGGGAGUCAGACGUAGAUGUUACAUCCCCCUGGAACUGGAAAUAUGGUGUGGUUAUGAAGAUCUAGGAACUGAACUCGGGUCCUCUGCAAGAGUAGCAAGUGCUCUUAUGAGCCUUCUUUCUAGCCCAGCAUUUCUCAUUUAAAGCAUUGCGAUGACGAAGAGAUGCACGCAGUGCAGUCCUCUGGAGUACUGAGUGCUACUGCAAAGCUUUCCCUUUUAUUUUUUUAAGCUGUUUACAUAAAAGAUGUCAGUAUUCAGUGUUUGAUUCAGGUAUAGAAAGAUUCAAUCAAUAAAAAGAUGGUUUAUUUAAAAAACAGCCUAACAAAUGUUAAUUUACAUGAUUUCAGAAUGAUUAUAGCUGGAGUGCUGUAGACGUCUGUCACUUUUCCCUUUCAUUCUCAUAGUUACAAUAUCCAGUAAAGAGAGGUUGUGCAGCUAUUCCGCGGCUGUAGAUAGACAACAGAGACGUUUUAGAUGGGUGGCCUCCCAUCUCAUGGCACCUUAGUAACCCCCCCCCCGACUUUUUGCAAUGAUUUAAUAUUCUUAUUUAAGGUAUUAACUCCUUGAAGAUGGCAGUUAUACUAAAAUAUAUCUCACAGGGGCUAGUUACACUGAAUGCUGGACUUUAAGCGAUCCUGGAUCUCCUGGAUCCGGAAGACAGUGCCUCACCUGACCAUUCUGCAGCGGUGCACUGUCAGUCGGCUGUAGGCAUUUUCUAGGUCACUGAUAGUCUUAGGGCUCCAGAGUCUCUCGCCAACAGCGCUUGCCCGAGGCCUGAAAUUUGAAAUAUGUGGCUCCCAAAGCAGUUUAUAUUUCUUUUUUCCUUAAGUCACCUACAUGAGGAGAUUCUUAAGAGCUCCCCUGCUUACAUGGAGAAUAAAAGCCAAGGCGUGCA